AUGAGGAUAACUCUUGAUAGGCCCCAAGCCUAUCAAGAACUUGUGGGCACCAAACCCCCAAGACCUGAUGGACAAAUGCUCCAAAUGUUUGUGGAAAGAGCAACCAGGCCAUCUGGAAAACUUAGCAACACUCUCAUCUUCUGUAUGCUGUCCACAUGGUAUUGGGGGAAUGCUCAGGGCUUGGUGCCCUUGACAGCCUUGAAGGUUUGGAGCCUUCAAGGGCAGUCUUGGUGUCCAGUGGAUCCAACGAUCAAUUGCAUGAUGACAGUCAAGACUGACCCUCAUCUUUCAGUGAUGUUAAUGAAGGUUUUGCAGGUCCAUCAUUCUCCCCACCUCCAGCUGCACUCCAUCGUUCUGCCUGGCCAGUAUAUGCCUUCUAUAGCAAUGCCCUUGUCUCCCCACUCAUCUACCCUUGGUACAGAUUCAGUGAUCGAUCAUGUAGCCAAUAGUGCAGUUCUCCCCUCGCCUUUUAGUCCUGAAGUAUUGGAGACUUGGGACUCCAUCUAUUGGACUGUGUCAACCCUGCUCUCAUCAGUGACCACCCUUAGGGGCUUGAACAAUUCAUUUUCUGUCUAUCCUGAGGAAACCCACUUUCUGGGUCAUGCAGAUGGAAUACUGCUGUUCUGGAUUGUGAUUGGAAUUUCACCUGUAUGUUUCCAUUUUAAUAGGAUUCUGUCCUCACAAAAUGCCCCAGUUUCCAAACAAGUAAAAAAAGGUGGUGCCGUUGUCUCUAAUGAUGGAGUGCAACACUCAGAGGAUAUGAUUGGCAAACCAAAACCAUGGCAUGCAGUCCAGCCUCCUGAAGGCUGGGAAGAGCACAUGUUUGGCCUGAGAGAUAGAAGAUGCUCCUUGACACCUUGUCCUUCCAUUGCAAACACCCCAAUGCUCCCUUCCCCUUCCCUGCACAUGGACAACCAGAUCCAUGAUGAGGACUCUGCAAUGGAGGAGAUGGAGGAGAAUCCUGACAACAACAAAAAUGAGGAUGACCAGCCUUCCAGUAACAAGAAUGAGGAUGAUCAGCCAUCUGGUAGCAAGAAUGAGGAUGACCUGCCAUCCAGUAGUGAGAAAGAGGAUGACUGGCUGCCUGGUAGCAAUGAUGAUGACAAGGGUUCCAAUUACAAUGAGAAUGAGAAUGACGAUGAGAUGGAGAGCUCGAAUGGCUCCCAUGAUAAUUCUCAUUUCUUUUGA